AUGGAUGACAAGAACUCCCAAACCCAAACCCAGAUCAACCUAGUGGUCGCUGAACCUGUCAUCGACAUCCCAACACUAACACAUCGGGGUCCUGUCAAGCAGCGUUCACCACCGCCCAUCCUAGCUAGAUUUCAUGCUGGUUACUUCAGGAUUAGCCUCUCUCUCUGUGGCCAAGCCUUUCUAUGGAAGACGCUAGGCAAGCCCGCUAACGAUUCCUUCGUCAUUCGGAGACUGCUUCGCUUGCUCCCCUCUACGGCCUUCCUUCUUCUCUGGUCUAUCGCACUUUUCAUACUCAUGACACUAUCCCUUCUCUACCUACUCAGAUGCUUCUUUCACUUUCGUAUGGUGAAGGGUGAGUUCCUGCACCAUGUAGGCGUCAACUACCUCUUCGCCCCGUGGAUCUCGUGGCUCCUCUUGCUGGAAUCUGCACCCUUCGUCUCUCCCAAAUCCGUUCCUUAUCUAGUGCUCUGGUGGGCGAUUGUGAUCCCGGUGGUGGCUCUCGACGUAAAAAUUUACGGCCAAUGGUUUAUUAAAGGGAAGCGAUUCUUGUCGAUGGUAGCCAACCCCACGAGUCAGUUAUCGGUGAUCGGGAACUUGGUGGGUGCCAAAGCCGCAGCUGAGAUGGGGUGGAAGGAGAGCGCGUUGUGUAUGUUCUCGAUAGGAAUGGCACACUAUCUGGUGCUCUUCGUCACACUCUAUCAAAGGUUUUCAGGGAGAGAAAGAAUCCCGGCGACGCUACGUCCCGUCUUCUUCUUGUUCUUCGCGACACCCAGCAUGGCGAGCUUGGCCUGGGAGUCCAUCUCUGGAAACUUCGACACCCCGUCAAAGAUGUUCUUCUUCCUCUCCCUCUUCAUGUUCAUGUCUCUGGUUUUCAGGCCAACCUUAUUCAAGAAAUCGAUGAAGAGGUUCAACGUCGCAUGGUGGGCUUAUUCUUUCCCGUUGACAUCGCUGGCAUUGGCUUCGUCGGAAUAUGCACAAGGGGUGAAGGGAGUGGUCGCACACGGGCUAAUGAUGGUACUACUGAUUCUCUCCGUCCUGGUUUUACUAUCUCUCAUGGUGUUCACCGCGCUGAAUACUAGUACACUCUUGCAUUACCACGAUCCCGUGUUUCGGAUGAGCACCUCACCGAUAGACUUACAGACAAGACAACCAGAUAAAAACUAA